CAGACGUCGUAUAACAAAAUGUUUGUAAUUUUAUUCGAUUCCGAUUAUCAGUUGUAGCAUUACGUCGGCGAGAAAUACAUGUGUGUAUAAUUACUACGCGAUAUGCACUAGUGCUCAAGACGUCAUAAUAUUUGGCGGUCAUAUUAUGGCGUCGUCACCGCCGGCCAACGGGACCAUUUUUUAUUCUUCCAUGACCGCGUGCGCUCGUGAAUAUCCAAUAUCCUUGCCGUACGGUGGUAAUCACGUUUCGUUAUUGUUUCAUGCAUUUUUCCCGACCCACACCACCACCGACGCCGCCCGUAAACAUCCGACUAUCCGACAGAGUACAGCGACGCAUCAAACGGCGCGACAAAGACAGCGAUAUACACUUCUUACGUUUUUGCUGUAUGUUGUGCAUUUCGUAUGUGCGGCCACAACUAUCUUCGCCGAUCGUUCACUUUUGCCGUCCGACAACCACUACCACUGUACGUACCGUCAGCCUGCGCCUUGUUGUCUAUGCGGUCUGGACGUUUCGUUGUUUUCUGUCGUUUACCCGCACCAUACACGGCACGCGCGCAUUGUCGACAAGUACUUCAGCGGGAAGCAUCCAUUUCGUCAACGAUAAUAUUCUUCAUGUUUCACAAUGAGUGAUUAUUCAGCGGUGAAUCCGCCAACGGAAAAGAGUCAGAGUCAAGCAUUCGCCGCGGCCCUACAACGCGCUAAAGAAGUAAGUAAACACGUACACAUGCAUACACGCGCGCGCACACACGCAUUUAUAAUAAGCCGCCAAACUACAAUAUAGUGUGUACACGAAUACACGCGCGGCGCGUGGCCGGACACCGCGUAUUUACCGCACCAAUUGGGCACGCAGUCUUCGCCGGCAACAAACCAUGUUGUCCGGUCGGAAACUGUGGUCGCAGCAACAGCGGCCGUUCCGGCCACGCCGCCGACGCCCGCGGUUACCGGCAAUUCUUCGCAGCGGUGGCUGCUACAACGUCGUCGUCGUCGUCGGCGGCGGCGGCGGCGAUUGUUUACCGUGACGCGCUUAUUUGCGUCCUUACCUACCUACCUCCUCGUGUGCUACUGCCUGCUAAAUUGGUCGCACCUGUGCUCACAGUGUACGUGGUAAAAUUCCACUCGCUGUGGUAACGUGUGUUUAUCGUCGGUCUUUCGGCUCUUGUACGGCGAUUCGACCCAUUCUUAAGUACACACUUAUUUAUCACCACCUACCCGGGACCUUAUAGUCCUAUCGUGGUCAUAUUUAGUUAUUGGUCUAGUCUUGGUCGUAGGCACGACUGCGAUACUUGCAGUCCACCAUGUCUGCGGUUGUAAUUGCCCGUUUGUCCGUGCAUCGUUAAACAUUUUUUCUCAUUCAUAUUUUUUCUUUGUCGUGUUAAAAUUGUCUUAACAUAGUAGUGAUACACAAUGUCUUCAUCAACACCAUUAAACGAAGAAAAUGUUGAAAAUGUAAAAUUUGUUUGGCGAAAAUUUUUUUUACGGUUUAAGAAUACAUUUAAAAAAAAACAUUAGGUCUAAUAAAUGUUCAUGCGAAAUACCAUUUAAUUAUUAUUAUUAUUUUUUUUUUUUUUCAUAAUUCAUUAAUAUUUUGUGACACUUGCAUAAUAUCAUCAUUAUACAUUUAUAAAUUGAUAAUAGUUUUAAGAGCAAUUUGUGAUUAUUAAUGUCGUGAAUUCAAAAUUAUUACUGUUAAAUUAUAUUUUGUUUUAUCUUACAUUAUGUACAUCGAAUGAGGUCAUAACUUAAUGCUGCAUACAAAAUGUAUAUUAUUUGACUUUGAUUCUGAUAAAUUUAAUGAUUAGUGUUAUUUACAUUGCGCUAUUUAUUGUAAACAUUUCAUUGUAAUUUUGUUCAAAUUAAAUGAAUUACCUAAUUAUUUAUGUAUAAGUUUAUAAUUCUCUAUUAAUUUACUUAAAAAAAAUUGUUUGACUAAUUAUUGGCUACCUCUAUCCCAUACUAUUAAAUGAUGUACAAUUUAUAAAAUUAAUUUGAUCUAUUAGUGUAUAAUAUAGUAGUUUGAUGUACAUACCUAACUAUUUUUUUGCUGUAUCUAUACAUGUUCUAAGAUGAUUUAAUUGUUUGAUAAAUAUUUUAAUUUAAAUUUUAUUUAGUACAAAAUUGAAACUAUAUUUAAUAAAUAUUAUGAAUGGCUUUUCAUUUUACCAUUAGUUAAAUCUAAACACCUAGAUACAUAAUUGUUCAUAAAAUAUUUUAUCCAAAUAAAUAUUAAAAACAUUACUUAAUAUAUUUUCUAAAAACUAUCUUUUUUGAUUAUAUUAUAAUUGAUAUUUCACAUAUUUUAUGUAUUCAUAUUUAAAUAUUUAAAAACAAAUUAUUUAUGUUACAUGUAAAAUCUAAGUAACUUAUAUAAAUUAUGUUUAUAGAUAGCAGCUAAGAUCCAACCAUCUUCCAAAGCCAGUUCAACCACAGGAUCUAUUUCCCCAGAAACCCAUAAAAGACCUUCAGAAGAUUACGGUAACUCUUCAGGUACUUAAUUUAUUAAAUAAUAAUUUUAAAAAAAAAAAAAAUGUAUUAAUAUGUGUGUUAAUUUAUUUAGAACCAGAAAGAAAAAGGUUAGCAACUUCUCCGGUGGCUUUAGCCGCCGCUCAAGCAGCAGCCGUGGCAGCCAGAGUGGCAGCAGCAGCUGCAGCCGGUAUCCAAGGCAUCGGUGGGCCUGGAUCACAAUUUGGCAACGUCGUAAACGAAGAAAUUAAAGUCCCAGACAAAAUGGUUGGACUUAGUAAGUAUAAAAUAUUAAUUUUCUUCAAUUUUAUAUUAGGUAGUCAAUUUGAUGUACUAUGUGCGUUAACCUUUUGCAAAGUUAUAGGCCGCGGUGGAGGACAAAUUAGUAGACUACAAGCUGAAACUGGAUGUAAAAUUCAAAUGGCCCCUGAUAGUCCUGGUUUAUUAGAGCGAUCGUGUACCCUAACUGGAAAUGCUCAAAGUAUAACGUAUGUAUUUAAUUGUUAGUUUAUAUGCUAUUUAUUGUUUAUUUUCAACUAAUUUUUAUAAAUAAAAAUUUAGACUAGCCAAAGAACUUAUACAAAACAUAGUACAAAAUAAAGUAUCCGUUGAAGGAACAGGAGGUGCAAAAAUUGAAGGUCUUAAUAUAUCAUCUCCGCCAUCUCAGCCAGCCUUUACACAAGUAAAAAAAAAAAAAAAAAAUUGUUUUUAACAUUUAUUUUAUGAAGCACAUUUAUUUGGUAGGCACAAAUAAUGAUCCCUGGUGCAAAAGUUGGCCUAAUUAUUGGAAAAGGAGGUGAAACUAUUAAAAUGCUGCAAGAAAGUUCUGGAGCAAAAAUGAUAGUUAUUCAAGAUGGCCCUAAUAGUCAAGAAAAUGAAAAACCAUUAAGGAUAUCUGGUGAAACCGCCAAAGUUGAGGUAAAUAAUUGUAUAAAUACAUUAUUAAUUAACUGUAACAUUAAUUUUGUUAAUUUAUUUAUAGCAUGCUAAGAAAUUGGUGUAUGAUAUGCUAGGAGUUGGUGAAAAAGAAGGAGGCUCGGUAAAUAUUUAAAAAAUUAUAUAUAAUUAUAACAUCUAAAAUUUUUGGGUCUACGUGUGUAUAUAAAUUCAAAUUUAAAAUUAAUGUUGAUUAAUAGUUGAAAAUGAAAUAGUACAUGGUGUAUGAGAACUUUUUGUUUAAAACAGUUUAAUAUAAUAUUAUAAAAAUACAAAAAUUUCAACCUAUUAAAUUACAAUUUGAUCAUAUAUGUUGUUUUAAUACAAUUUAUUAACUAAAUUUGUACAAAAAUACUGAUUUUUGUGAAUUUAUUCUAUAUGUAUAAAUAUUUCUAAAAAAGAAAAUUCACGUUAACAACCAAAUAUAUGAAUAUAUUAAAUUGUCUGUAAUUAUCAUGCUUUUAUAAUAAAUAAUAUCUUUGAUUUAAAAUUUUAGUCCAAUUUCGAUCAGAAUGGGUCAAACUGGAAUGGUUCAAAUAGUGGCGAUUAUAACAGUAUGCAUUCUGGUUAUGGAGGCAAAGUUGAGGUAAAAUACUGAACAUUUUUUAUUUAUCAAAUUUAAUGGUUUUAUUAUACAAUAUAUUUUUAGAAUAUCAAUUUACAACUUUGAUAUAAAAUGUAAAAAUUUUAAGAUUAUAAAUUACUUAUGGUUGGCUGUGAUCUAAAUGGAUUGAAAGUUUCUUUUAUUCUAUUCUCUAUUUGAAUGUAGAGAACACUUAGCUUAUUUUAAAAAUUUCUUGAUUCGUUACCCAAGUAGGUAUCUAUUCUUAAUCAAAUUAAAUUGUCAUGGUGAAGUUGUUGGUUUUGCCAAGGCUUUUAAUAUGUUAUGCAAACAUGUAUUUUGGAGUGAUUGCAAUUUUAAGAUGAAGCAUUUGUUGAUUUGGAACUGCCUUAUUAUUGAAAGUAUACUAAAGAAUUACUAAGAAUUUUACUGAAUUAUUGUUCGUAUGGAUCACUAAUAGGAUAGGUGUAUUUCCUAAAAGUAAUCAUUGCUUCAUUUUUGGUACAAUUUAGUGUAGAUUUCCAUUUUAAGUAUUACUGAGAUUAUAUCGGGUUACUUCUCUGCCCAAUGUUUUUUUAUACAACAUUUCCCCAUCCAUAUGUUUUUAUCAUGUUCUGAGAAUAAUCAAAUUAAUUUAAAAAAAUUUAAUUUAAUCUAUAGAUCACAUAAAUAUAAUAUAUAUCGUCCCCUUCAAAAAAGCAGAUAUUUUCUAAUACUUAGAUUUUUCACAACUGAACAUUAUUUAAGGAGUAUCCUGUGGUGACACCAACUUUUUAAAUGAGAUCUUACAUUUAAAAAUUCCAUAAAUAGACUAAGUAUUACUUUAGAUAAAUUUUGGUGUCCAACAUUUUUAAUUUCUGUCUACUUGUUAAUGAGAUAUUCCUCUUUUAAGUUUAGCUAGGGAGAGAGUAUUGGAGUAUUAUUUGUGUGCACGGAGUUUUAACUGUGCUUCUACACUAUUCUCCCUCUACUUAAACUUAAAAAUAGAAUGUCUUGUUAAGGUUGAUAGAAAUAAAAAUUUUGACCCCAAAAUUUAUCUAAAUUAAUAACUAAAAACUAUACAACAAUAAAUAUGUUUGGUUUUAAAAAUAUUGAAGCAAUUUUGAUUAAGUGUAAUAGAUAGGGAAAAAUCGAGAUGUUGAUGCAUAAAAAAUAUUGUGUCUAUAUAAUAUGACGAACGUGAUCUAGAGGAGUAUUUAAUUGGAGUAUCAUUUUAUUAUUUAUUAAUUUUAUUUUAUUUACAUAAUUUGGGUAUAGAUUCAAUUCAAUGUAUUAUGUUAUUCUUAUGAGAUUAUACAAAUAUAAUAUGGACAGAGAUGUGUUAAUGAAUCUUACUGGGGUAAUUGGUCAAGGUGUUUUGUAGGUCUUUUAUUAAACCUUAUAGGAUUCGAUUGUGUGUUAUUAUUUUAGUAUCUUCUGCAAAUAUUUUUGGUUGUUGGGUGUAUUAUAUCUAGUACAAUCAAGUCCAUAUCAUUGUUGUUUAUAUAUACAUUCGGUUUGGUUUAAAAAAAAUUUUUGAAGAUAUCCCCUUUUGCAAGCUGAUUAUUAGUUUUGGAUCAGGUUUUUAACAAAAAUUAGUUAAAGGUCCAGCAUUAUAUAUAGGGGCUAGCAAAUAAGAUUAUCCUGGGCAGUUUAAUUUUAAUGUUUUUAUGUGGCACGGAAAGAGCACUGUUUCAAAUGUAGUUGUAUAUGUUUGAUGUGUUAAAUUAGGGUGAUAUCUAAUACGUAACAUUAUUCCUAUAUUUAGGUUGGACAUAGUGAUAAUGAUAUGAUUCUUAAUUCUGAUGCAAAUUGAAACUCUGUAACAAUGCUCUGAAUUUUUUUUCAUUAUUUAUAAUCGUAUCUUAAUAUUUAUUUUAUUAUUAAACAUUGUGUUUGUUUUAAUUUUAUAGGUUGGUGUACCAAAGCAAGUUGUAGGAUUAGUUAUAGGAAAAGGAGGUGAUAUGAUUAAAAAAAUUCAAGCUGAUACUGGUGCAAAAGUUCAGUUUAUAAAUCUUAAUGAAGAUACACCUGAUGAUAGAAGAUGUUUAAUAACUGGUAAUCCAGAUCAAGUGGCUGAAGCUAAGCAAAGAAUAGAAGCAUUAGUUGAUAGUGCACUAGUAUGUCAUCUUUAUUUAUUAUUAUUAUUUUUUUUUUUUUCAUUUGAAUUAUUUUAAUAAGGUGAUUAUAAUUUAUUAGAAUCGAGGUGGCAAUCGACAAAGCGGUAGUAAUUUUAAUAGGAGUCAAAGUUGGGGAAAUAGUGGUCAAACUCAACCAUUAAAUGAAACAACAUUUACUGUACCGUCAGCUAAAUGUGGAGUUAUUAUUGGUAAAGGUAAAUUACUUUUUAUCUAUAUAUUAUAUUUCAUAUUUUGACUGUAUUAAAAAUAUAAUUGGAACUUGUUAAUUUCCAUCUAUCUAUAUAAAUGUCUUAUAUAAAGCAAUAAGAAGAUUGAAAAAAAAAAAGAGAGAAUACAUCUAUAAAAAAUUGGUUUUUACUGCGCACAAUUUUUAUCUGUAUUAUAUUAUUUAAAUUUUCAAUUCCGAACUAUAUAAACUUGGUUAGCAAUAUAAUAUAAUACAUGAUAUCAUUUUAAUUAAUUGUGAUUGUUACUUCUAUAGUAUAUUAAACUUUAGUAGUAUACAUAUUAAUUUGCAUGAAUUCAAUUUUAGGUGGUGAAACAAUAAAACAAAUUAACAUGCAAACAGGAGCACAUUGUGAAAUAGAUAGACGACAUAAUAAUACAGGAACUGAAAAAACAUUUGUUAUACGUGGAACAACUGAGCAAAUUGAAAAUGCAAAACGCAUGAUAAAUGAAAAAUUAGGAUUUGUAUGUAGUUUUUUAAAAUAUGUAUUUCUUCAUAGUCAUAAAAUUUAAUUUAAUUUCAUUAGCAGGAUCCUAGUGGAGGUACUCAGAAUUAUAGUAAUACAAGUCAACAACAGCCACCAUAUGGUGGUCAAAUGAAUUGGGGUGGACAAGAAGGACAAAUGAAUGCAUAUGGUCAAGGUUGGAAUCCGGCCAUGCAACAACCACAGCAACCAACUGAUCAAAGUAAUUAGGAUGUUAAGUUAUAAGAUAAUAGUUUAAGCAAUAUUUCUCUAAACUUAGCUUUAUUAUGUAAACAUUUUAAAAUUUAUAUUUUUUCAGAUAAUUCAAAUCCAAUGGCUAAUGUUAAUGGUGCCCAAGGUGGUUCAGAUUUCAGUGCUCAGUGGAUACAGUAUUAUAGAUCUAUGGGUAUGCAUAGGGAAGCUGAGUUCAUUGAACAACAAUCUAAACAAAUGAAGGUGUGUACUAAUUAUUUGUUAUAAUGUAUCCCAAUUAUAUUUUCUUUGUAUUCUUAUUAAUUUUAAUUAUGUGAUAAAAUUGUGUGAGUUCCUUUGACUGGAUAUACUUUAAAUCGGUUUUUCAUAAUGGUGCCUCAAUCUGUAAUUAAUUAUUCCUGGUUCCAAGCUAUUAUUUUAUGAUUUAAUUUAUUUUAAUAAUACAAUAGCAAUAUCAAAUUAUUUAAUUGAAAUAGAUGAAUGGGACCAGUGCAGUACCAAAUCCAACGAAUGUCCAACCUCAACCACAUGCGAUUCCACCAAAUGCCGGUGCAAGUGUUAUGCCAGUUUCUGUUAUUCCUGCUAAUGGUGGCGGAGCUACUGCUGGAAGUGCCGCUGCUGGAACUCCUGAUUACAGUGCCCAGUGGAUAGAAUAUUAUAGGUCAAUUGGCAAAAACAAGGAAGCUGAUAUGGUUGAACAACAAGUUAAAGCUAGGGUGAGUUAAACAUUAAUUAUAAUAAGAAUUUUUUUCUUAUAAUUUUGAAAGUAUAAAUCAAAUGUAUUUCUCAUUAUAAAUGAUACACAUUGUAAUAUUUAUUUAUUUAUUUUUUCAAAAUCUAAAAGUCAUAAUAAUUAUUAAUUAUUCGGUAUUCAUUGGUACAUUUUUAAUACUUAUUUUUAUGCAACAGAUGGUUCAAACGAAUGGCCAACCAAGUUCUGGGGCUGAUCAAUCCCCUCAACAACAACAACAGCAGCAGCAGCAGCAGGCGCAACAGCAGCAGCAGCAACAACAACAACAACAACCUAACACCUCAAGCCCUCAGUCUGGACAACCACAAUUAAACGAUGUAUCUAUUUAUGGAGCCCAGUAUGGUAUGGCUUAUGGUGCAGGUGGUUAUUAUGGAGCGCAAAAUCCUGGUGCUGCACCUUCUGGUUAUGGAGCAUAUCCUGCGAGCAAUGCUUAUGCAGGUUAUCAACAGGUUCCACAACAAGAUCCACCCCAACAACAAUGAGGUAAGGAAUACGAUGAAUAUCGAGAAAUAUUAUUUAUGCUUUUCAUAUUAGGAUAAUCAAUAAUAUAUUAUGAAAUAUUUAAAAAAAUAUAUAUUUUUUUAUUAUUAUCGAUGAAUAUUUUGCUUACCAUGCCAUUUCAGGACAUACGUCAAAAAUAUACUAUUAACUCUGUUAUUGCAGAACGUCCAGAUACCAGGGAUAUCCUCGCUAUGGUCAGGUCCAUUCAUAUUAAAUCAAUAAACAAAUAGUUUUGUCUUCUACGCAUUUUUUUUUUUUCUAUUAGUAUAUUUAAUUAUGUUUAACUAUGUACUAUACUUAAAUGUAGACAUUUUGUAGCGCGAAAUUUUGAAAAAAAACCCAUAUGUUUGUUUAAAUAAAUAGUAUUGGCGAUUGGUAUAAAUAUUUAGGUAAAAUCGCCAUCAUUUAUUUUUUGGAACUACGGUCACAUCUAUAUAAUCAUGUUAUUUUUGGUUAUAUGGUAUCCAAUACUAUUUUUUAAUAAAGUAAUAAUAUUAUGUUGAUUACAUUUUUCUCAUCUCCACUUUUACACACAUAAAUGCUAUUAUAAAUUUUAUUACAUUGUGAGUUAUUUCAAGUAAGAGUUUCAAAUUAUGAACAUUUCAAGUUUGGAUUUGUAUAGCAUAACAUAUUAAACUAGGUACACGACAUUGAUAAAAUUCGUUUUUCAUUAAAGUUUUAUGAAAUUGGAUUUUAGGACCCUUUUUAUAUUAUAGUUAAGAAAAAUGUUUUAUCAUUGAAAUAUUAUUUGCCAAGUUUUGUCCUGAAUUGUAUAUUAAUGAAUAGAUUUUAUGUUAAUUUGUAUUCUCUUUUGUUUUAAAAAUUAAUAAUAAUUAAAAGUUACUUAAUUCGUUUAAAAGAUCUAUACAUAAUUUAUGUAUAUUGUAUAUAUAUAAAUAUUUAUGUAUUGCAUAUUAUAUAUUUAUACAAUACACAUAACAUUAUUUAUUAUGCAUGUUGUUAGUUAUGUUUCAAAUGGUCUUGUUAGGUUAGGUUUUAAAUCUUUUGUUUUUUUUUUUUCAUGCACAAAACUUGGUAAAAAUUUCAAAAACCACUUUAUAAUUAAAAUAAUUUAUAUUAUAAUGAAAUAUUACAUAUGUUUAAUUAAAUAAUUAUCUUAGAGAAAAAUACAUUUAUAAAUAAUAUAACUAAAAUUUGUCAUGUGUGAAAUGUUUGUAUAAUUUUUUUUUACCUUGUUCACAGCGUGUCACUUCAUCGAUUACCAGGUUUGUAUAGAAUUAAGGGUUUUUAAUUAUACCAAUGUCCAAACAAAUGAAAAAUAAUUUUUAUUUUAAUGUCCUAAAUAUUUUUGUGUCUUUGUCUUGUGGAAAUAUUUUUGAUGUUAUCAAUUUCAGUGGAAAAUUUCUGGUGUCUUGAGCUGGAGCCUGACAUUGGGAAAGGUAAUUUUCAGUAAUCAUUCCUAAAAAAAAAAAAAAAAAAAAAAAAAAAACUAAAAAUUAAACUAACAUUAUUUAGUAUAUUAUGCAUAAACAUAUUUAUAUAUAUUACAUGUAUCUACAAUUGAUAACAAAUGUUUACUUCUGAAAUUUGUUAAUAUGACCUUGUUAAAUAAUAUUUUAUUUAUUUAUAUUUGAUGAUUUUGAAAAAUUGUUCCUGACAUACUUCUGUUGCUUGUUUCAGAUCACGCGACAAAUUACGUGAAUUUAAACAUUGACUUUAAUAAUUUACAUGUUGUGCAAUUAACUAUGUUGUAUGUACAUAUUGUAAUAUUAUUAAAGUGUAUUAAAUAUUUGAUUUAAAAAGUUCCAAAUAUAAUUAAAGAUGAAAUAUUUUUACAUUAUUUUUAUUUUAUUUUAAAUGUAAGGUACAUUGAUAAAUUGAUUAUUACUAUUGUUAUUAUUAAUAAGCAUUGGACAUUGGUAUCUGUAUUAUUGAUGAUAAAAUAUUUAAAGAAACGUGAAUUAUAUUUUUCUAUAGAUCGUACAAAUUUAAAUAUUGAUAGAAUUAUUAUAUUUAAAAAAAUUUAAAGAAAUAAAAAAAAAAAAAUUUUCCACUUAAGUAUCAAAAAUUUAAUUAUACUUCAUAUACAUUUUUAAAUGUUUUUGAUACUAAAAUGUUAAAAGUUUGAAAAUUAUUAAUUUACCCCUUUAAAUAUUUCUAGGAGGCUUUUUCAUUGUCAAUAUAUUUUAUAUAGUGAGUGAUUUGGAUGAUUAUUAAUAGUCAAUUUUAAUUAUCUUAAUACUUUGACAAAUAUUUAUAUCAAUGAGACUUUUUGAAAACAUUAUUUGCUAAUUAAUUUUCUUGUAAAAUAAUAUUCUAAAUUUGUACAUUUUAAUAUAUAAUUAUUAUAAUCAACAAAAUUUUGUCAUUUUUAAUAUUCUAAUCUGAGUUUUAACAUUAAACGUUAUCACUACAUUCAAUUAAAAAACUAAAUUCAAUGGACGAUUAGUUAUAAUAAUUUUUUAAAAUUCUAACCAAUUAUACUUAUCAUGGUUUAAGACUAAUCAUACAAAUGUAUAAACAUCUAAACAUUCCUGUUAAUGCAAAACACAUUAGGCCCAAAAAUUGCUUCAUGUAUUCAAUGGAUUAAUGUUGUAUAUUUUAUAAUAUUAAAGUUUCUACCGUGUACAAUAUAAUUUUCCUAAAAUAGCAAUUUUUAUGCGAACAAAGCCAUAAAAAAAAAUAUAUAAGAAUAUUGUUACAACCAAGUAGUUAAAUAAUAUUAAAGUCAAGUAUUGGCCAGUUAUAUUUGUUGGGUUAAUUGAUGUUACAAUCUAAUGAUUAAAAUAUAAAUAUUAAUAAAAUAGUUAUAUCCAUAAAUGGCUUAAACCUACAAUUUACUGUUUUAGAAUUAAUCAAGUGCUAGCUUUAAAUGACUAAGAAAGUAUUUUUUUAUUUAAAUAUAUAUUUUUAUUAGAUAUCUUAAUUAACAUCACAUAUUCACUAAUUAUUUACUCGAAUCAUGAAGUAUGAUUUCUUAAUAUACAAAGUGAUUCACUAAAUAUACUUACUAUAUUUUUUUGGAUAUAUUCAUAUUCUGAUUUUUAAAUUUUUAAUACUUGUUAAAUCCGAUAUUUUUGAAAACUUAAACUUAAAGUGGUAUAUCUUGUUAAUUCGUUGACAAAAAAUAAAACUUGACCUCAAAAUUUAUUUUAAGUAAUACUCUUAUCUAUUUAGAGAAUUUUUAACAUUAUUUCUCAUUUGAAAAACCAAAGUUGUUAUUUUAUGAAAAAUCUAAAUAUUCAAAAAUAUCGGAUUUUACUACACUUACAUAUUUUUGAAAAUCCUAAUUUGAAUAUAUGCAAAAUUUAACCAAUGUAAUGAUGUGAGCAUGCUUCAUCCUGUAUAAUAUCUUUCAGUUUAGUAUGGAAUAUUAUAUUAAUACUCAUGUGUUGUAGAAAACAAUUUUUUUUAUCUAUGUUUACUUUGUGUACUAAAAAAAAAUGUGUAGAGAAGUGAUAAUUCUUUGUAAAUUAGUAACUUUUGUUGUGGCAUAAUUUAAAAUAAGUAAUUAAAUUAUAAGGUGUACUAUGAGAUUCAUUCAUUUUUAUCAAAUAAAAUUAAAACUUAUUAGGUAUUUUGCAGAGAUUGGAUUCUUAUAGGAUUUUUCUCUGUUAUUCAAUCUGAUUAUUAUUGUAAAGUGGUGGUAGGUUCAAUACAUUGUAGGUUUGUAUCAAGAUUUAGAAUUCAUAAUCUUGUGGUAUAACCGUUUUAGUAAUAAAUUAAAAAUAUAGGGAAUCAAGUGCCUACAAAAUAAAAAUAAAAGCAGAUAUUUUGGAUUACUUUGAUAAUGUGAGGCCAAUCUCAUAGUUUGUUAAUACAAGUUAACUUGUUGAAGCAUUUAGUUUGAUAUGAGAUACUAAUGUAUAUCCUCUAUACAAUUUUAGGAAUUUUUAAUAUCAAUAUUUAUCUGGUGAUAUGAUAUUAGUGAUGCAAUAAAAUUAAUUUAACAGUCACCAAAAGGACCAGAAUUAAUGACUGCUAUUUAAAGGUGGCCGUCCUUUAGAGAUUUCCUAUAGACUUGCAUAACACUUGCCAGAACCUAAAAAAAUGACAGUUACACCGGGGUGAAUGUUUAUGUUCACUGUUAUAGAUAAACAGAGGUAUACUUGGAGGAUCUUGUACAAAAAAAACUGGUCGGAUAGAGUGAAGAGAAGUGAUAGAGUGUUUAACAUAACAAAUGAAGACUUGGAGGUAAGUUUUACUAAAGAAUGGUGAGACCAGCUAUGAUAUAUGGUAGCUUAGACGUUUUUUUAACAGUAGACCAAAUAGAGAUGGUUUGAGUAUGCUAUAGGGAGAUAGACAUCUGAUGCCAAAAGAAUUGGAAUGAAAAUACAAAUAGGAGUAGAGGACGGGGGAGAAGAAGAGAAUAAAAUUUUAUGAUUGGUUGCAAUUAAGAAUGAUAUGAGGACUGAGGUUGUGUAUGCAAGGAUGAUGUAGGGCAAGUGGAAGUUUCGAAUGAGGGGAAUUUAAUAUAAUUAAUAUGAAGGAGAAUAUGAUUUUACAUUGGUUUGAUAUUUUUAGGAAAUUCAGUCUGUAUCAAAUAAAAAUUAAACUGGAAAAUCAAAAAUGUUUGAUCAUAUUACUUACUCCUUACGGAUUUAUUAAGUAAAUUUUAAAAAAAGGUUGUGACGAAUACUUUCUACAGGUUUGAAAUAUUUUGAAAAUGCUGUAAACCGACAAAUAAAAUAGGUACUCGCAAGCAUAGUGUAAUAUUGUUAUUACUUAUAUAAUAAUAUAAUAUAUAUAUGUAUUGUAUGGUAAACUUAGCGAAUUGAAUAUUAUUGUUUUGUAUAAUUGUAUUGUAUGUUACCUACAUUUUAAUAUUGUUUAUACUAACAUUAAUUUUAUCAAAUUCAUCAAUUUUUAUCUCAUUUAGGUGCUAAUUUAUUAUUUCCUGGUAGAUACAGCUAUUAUACACGAUAAAGAAUAUUGAACAUCAAGGCUGUUAUUCAUAGAAAUAAUAAUAUUUGAUUACAAUAUAUGUGUCGAUUCAUAUAAUAGUAUGUAUUUUGUAAUUAAUACAACUGUGUACAAAUUACAAAUGCGAAUGAGAACAUAAUGUUAUUAUGUAGACUUUAUACAGCUACAUCUGGUCUGACACGAACAAAAUGCAAACUUGACUAAAUUAUUAUUGGUGUUAACAUUUUUAAAAAAAAAAAAAAAAAUGUAUUGAAAUGUGUAUCUGCAUUAUUUACCAAUAAACAAUGAACUUCGUGUCAUUUUAAAAAGGAAAUGGUCGGUGUGGUAAUUAUAAUAUUUAAAUAGGUUGUAAAAAUACAUUGACAUAAUGUUUUAUAUAAUACAAUAUUACGUUUUUAUAUGUAUACAUGAAAUGAAUAACUAUUGUUUUCGCGUUAAAUUGAAUGAAUUUGACGUACUUAAUUACUUGGGAAAUAUUCUUGAAA